AUGCAGGCUCAUUCGUUUGCCCUGCUUGAAUUGUUUGUUUUCUUGCUGAUCACCAAUUUUGCCGCGGGGGCUUCAUCUACAUCGACGUCGCCUUCAUCGAUCACAAGUUCGACCUCGUGGUAUCGCCCUUCCUCGACGACGGCUUGGUACAACAGCACAGCCAUCUCGACACUGAACUCGUCGUCGACGACGACGACGACGACGACGGCUUCAGAAACCCUAACCACCCAACUGCCAAAGUCGAUCUCAGACAUAAUCUUCCCAACGGCCUUUCCUUUCCAAAAGCCCAUUCAUCCAUGGAAUAUCCCAAGCGGCAAAUGGCGUCUAUCCCAGUCGCAGACAAACGGCAAAGGGCUUUUAGGCACGAUUCCAAUCAAGGGGCAGGGAGGAGCUCCCAAGUUCCCGGCCUUUAUUGGGGCUCCUGGUCCAAAGGGUGUCUAUAAUGGCGGCUCACCGAACGGCGGCUCACCAAGCGGCGGCUCACCAAGCGGCGGUUCACCGAAUGGAGGUUCGUCAAACGGUGGCUCACCAGGGGGGAGCGGCCCGAUAAAGACCUAUCCUUGGGGAUCACGUACAGCAAACAAUACCAAUCCUUACACCAAUCCCCCCAAGACUGGCGUUGUUCGAAGCUAUAACUUUGUCUUGGAGCGUGGGGUUCUGGCGCCUGAUGGAGUUGAGCGCGAUGUCAUCCUCAUCAACGGUCAGUUUCCAGGACCGACGAUCGAGGCCAACUGGGGCGAUACUAUCGAAGUUACGGUGACGAACUUGAUCUCGGGACCCAAGGAGGGCACUUCCCUUCACUGGCAUGGCCUGCUGCAACAAGGUACUCCGUGGGAGGAUGGCGUUCCGGGUAUUACGCAAUGCCCGAUCGCCCCAGGUGCCACGUUCACCUACUCAUACCUCGCUGAUCUGUACGGCACCUCGUGGUACCAUGCUCACUACUCUGCGCAAUAUGCAGCUGGGUUGUUUGGAGCCAUCAUCAUUCAUGGGCCUGCGAAUGCCAAUUACGACGUGGAUCUCGGACCAGUCCUUCUCACCGACUACUAUCACAGGGAAUACUACGAUAUUGUUGAGGAAGUGAUGGGCACCGAUCUCAGUAAAGUUGCCCCAUUUUCAGACAACAACUUGAUCAAUGGAAAGGGUACGUAUGACUGUAAUCUUGUCGCGAACGACACCACAUGCACACUGAAUGCUGGGUAUGCGAAGUUCCAGUUUACAAGGGGCCAGAAAUACCGACUUCGCCUAAUCAACGCCGGUGCCGAAGGGAUCCAGAAAUUCAGCAUCGACAACCACAAACUGACCGUCAUGGCCUACGACUUUGUGCCCAUCCAACCGUACACGACCGAGAUCGUGACGCUGGGCGUGGGUCAACGCGCGGAUGUCAUCGUCGAAGCAACCGCUGGCACCCAUGACUCCUUCUGGAUGCGAAGCGUCAUUAGCAACUGUUCGCUCUCCAAUCAACCGUAUGGCUACGCAAUGGUGUAUUACCAGAACGCCAAUACCGACUUCAAGCCCAACAGCACGGCGUGGACCGACACGACUGACGGCUGCGCCAAUGACGACCUCAGCACGGCAGAGCCAUAUUUCAAGAUCACCCCUCCCAGCAACCCGGCCAAGGAAGUUCAGGUUGACGUGAACUUUGGUGUGAACGCAACGGGCAGUCUCGUCUGGACCAUGAACAACAGCACCUUCAGAACUUGUUACAACGACCCGGCACUGUUCCGGGCUCAGGAACUCGCCACCUCGCCCAACAGCACAUUCGAGUACCCCGAAGAAUGGAACGUCUACGACUUGGGCAACGCGAGCAGCGUCCGUGUCAUUGUCAACAAUCUGACUCCAGUGUCGCAUCCGAUGCACUUGCACGGACACAACAUGCACGUCCUGGCCGAGGGCGUCGGCACCUGGGACGGCACCGUGCUCAAUCCCAGCAAUCCCACACGACGAGACACGCAGCUUCUGCGACCAGCCGAGAGCGGGAUCCCUGGUUAUAUCGUCAUGCAGUUCGACGCGGAUAAUCCUGGAAUGUGGCCCUUCCAUUGUCACAUUGCUUGGCACGUCAGCGGUGGGUUGUAUAUUAAUCUCUUGGAACGACCAAAUGAUGUACCUACGAAUAUGCCGCGUGCGCUCAAUGACAUGUGUACUGCUUGGGGUGACUAUACGAGUCUCGGUCCAAUUGAUCAGAUCGAUUCUGGUCUGUAA